ACAGUGAAAACUAACAAAGUGAGGGCAGCCAUUCCCCAAACAAAAAUGAAGCGCUAAGUAGAGUUUCUCUGGGAGUACUGUGAGGAGUGAACUACCUCUCUGGCAUGUUUUGUUAGGUCCUUGGUUACAGUAUAGCGUAUGUUGCUUUGGAAAAAAGUGUCUGCUAACACAUUUAAAUACAAACAUAAACAAACAGACAUGGUUUCCUGCGCAAUCGCUAACUGCAGCAGGGAGGAUUUUCUCCACUAUCCAACAGCUUUGAAAAAUCUCCAUCCAAUCUUUGUCCCCAUGUUUACUGUCUUUCUACAUCAUGUGGAGAUCAACUUCAACCAGACUUAAUAAGUUAGCCUAGUGGAGCCCAGGUGCAUGAUUGUGUACUGUGCACUUUUGAAAUAAAACAACAACCCCUCAAGACUGUGCUUUAGUCCUAUCUUGUCAUCAAGUGGCGACUAAUGGAAGACACUGGAGAAUGUCUAACAAUUGUACAAACUAAAUAGGUGCAAACUAAAUCCUCAACUAUCCAGUUGUUUUGGGUCUGUUUCUUGUCUGUGUCAUCAGAUUUGGAAAAGAGCCACAUUGGCACAAACCAUACCCUCUUGUCACCCACCAUCCAUACCCACAUUGUCACUGAUAUACCAUAACUGACUGCCAGUGGCAAAGUAUUGAUAGGCCCACAGUAUAAUGACAUACAUUACAGAUACAUUACAUAUAAUAAUGUUAUAUUAUUAUAAUGUUUAAUGUGACAUAAUAAUAUAUAAUGUUAACCUACAGUGCCUAUACCCCCCCCCCCCCCCCAUAUUGCUUUAAUAAAUGGAAACUUUGUCAAUUUAAUUCGGCCUCUCUCUCUUUUGCAUUAAUUUAUUAGAAAAACAUUCUGUGAUUGGAUUGAUUCAAGCAUCCCUCCUAAGUGGCUUCGCUCAGCACACAUAUGUUGAGAUGAAGUGGGGAAAGGAGCUGACAGACACAGACUGACAGAUAUGCGUUGCAGAAUGGAGUAGGCUAUCUUUAAAGCAUAGCUAACACUUGGAAACAGUUUUAGAACUCGUUUGCUCAUUCAAGAAACACCAGAUUCCAACCCCCUUUUUAGCAGGCUAUGACUUAAGCACUAUCGUUAUUACUUGAGUCGAUUGACCCAUUCCAGCUGUAGCUCGUGCCCUGGUUGUUUAGUCAUGUCGCAUCGACGCGUGGCGUCAUCGAGGUUUCUCUUUCGCGUCCCGCUCUCUUUAAAAUGACAGGUCGAGGGGAACGGAGGGAGUCAAUGGUGAUCCCACCCAGAGCUUGCGUCGCGUCGCACUCCUGUGCUGUCGCACCACAGGAUCAACACGUCCGCCCCCCUCUCGCUGAGUCAGUCCCGCUCUCGUUGUGUGCACCAGACAGAGUCGGACAUUCUCUUUCAUAUCGUUUGCCGCUGCGCGCCUGAAAUGGACAUCACAAGGGAUAUUGUACAGCGCACAGAGAACGGUCAGGUUUUGGUGCGUGGUGCCAUAUCCGGAGCAGAAUUGACGGACACUACCAGGAGCCCCGCACGGGAACCGCACCAGAAGGCUCUUCACGGGACUUGCUCCAGUCCUAGAUCCCCAUCUUACUUGCAGAGCGGAUCAGAGGCAGUCAUGAUGGAGGGUCCACGGAAUGGGAAAUACGGAGAUACAAGGCCGGCAGGCAAACCCUCACCGAUCAUCAGUGAUAAACCGGAACGUCCCAACAAAGAACCGACCAGCUCAAGCGAGGAGUCCGACUUCUACGAGGAAAUAGAUGUCAGCUGCACAACUGACAUGGAGUACCCGGACAAGCAAGGCAAAGAUGUCGACGUUACAAGCCACAACAGCGAGAGCUUGAACACUGGGAAGAUGAACUCAAGCCCGGGUGCACUCCCCUACGGAGCCGACCAGAUGCGACGGUACCGGACAGCCUUCACGCGGGAGCAGAUCGCCCGACUCGAAAAAGAAUUCUAUCGAGAGAAUUAUGUUUCAAGACCACGAAGGUGCGAGCUCGCGGCUUCCUUGAAUCUACCGGAGACCACAAUAAAGGUUUGGUUCCAGAACCGCAGAAUGAAGGACAAGCGACAGCGUCUCGCCAUGACAUGGCCACAUCCGGCCGACCCAGCAUUUUACACAUAUAUGAUGGGCCAUGCCGCCACCACAGGCAAUUUGCCGUACCCUUUCCCAUCCCACCUGCCUCUUCCCUACUACUCACCCAUCGGCGGAGUGGGCACGACCACAGCCUCAGCCACUUCUCCGUUCGCCAAUCCCUUACGCUCACUGGAUAGCUUUCGUGUUCUCGCUCACCCCUACCCUCGACCCGAGCUGUUCUGUUUCCGUCACCCAGCAGUCUACUCCAACACGGGGGCGAGCCACGGACUUGGACCCGGUGAGACCCCCUGCUCUUGUCUGGCGUGCCAUGGCACCGGCGGACAAACCAACGGACUUCCGCAGCGGCCUCGCAGCAUGGAUUUCACUUGUUCCUCCGCAAGCCGGACAGACACCUUCCUUACGUUCUCACCUGCAGUUUUGAGCAAGUCAUCAUCCGUCUCUUUGGACCAGAGAGAGGAAGUGCCUCUGACAAGAUAGAAGCAGUAGGUCCACUGCCUAUUUAAUUAACACGAACAUUUGAAAAGCAAGGCCUCCUUUAUCAACCCUCUGCGCACGGGGGAGACGUCCUCUAUUUGCAAUGAAUGAACUGAAAGAACUCGGAUACCGCUGUGCUCAUGAACACAGUUUUAGCCCUCUGAAAUGGGCCUGCUGUAGGCUACGAGCCUUAUCUGAAGUUGCAUUGGUAACAUAGACUAGAAUGAUUGAGUAUUAAAUAUAUUUCAAUUUAUUACAGACUAAUUUCAAUCUCAUGUAAUAGAAAAUAUGCGUAGUCUAUUUAUAUUUUAUUCAAAUCAGAACAAGUGCAGGCUAAAGCCUAAUGUAGGCAUACCAGUGGACCUUGGGGUGUGUGAUAAAUUAAGCGAGCUGGCUGUGUUGUUUGUGAA